AUGGUGGUGCAGGCCUCAACAUCUUCCGAUGAAAUCGAGGAGAGAAAGAGGCCAUCGCAGCUCAGUCUUCAGACUCAGCUGGAAAACUUAAAAAAAAUAAUGGAAGAACACACAGACGAUUUGGGAGAGACACAAACGGGACAAAAUAACAAUGGGACAGAAAAUAACAACGGGACAGAGAAUAACAACGGGACAGACGAUACAAAUAACAAUAACGACGGGACAGAAUACAAUAAUGACGGAACAGACGCUGACAAUUUGGGCGGAACAGGACAUGACAACAACGGGACAGAAGACCGAAAUGACUCUGAAAACGAGACAGAACGAGACCGUGACGUUGACAAUGAAAGGGGACACAGGCAACCAGCGGCGGAAUCCGUCGACAAAAAAAUAAAAAAGUUGUCGAAGGAAGUCAGGUAUGAUUAA